AGAACAGAAUGGAGAAUAUGUAUACUGAUGUUUGGGUGUGAAGGUUUAAUGUUACAGCAUUUAUUAUUGCUUUUUUUGCAGUAUGCUCAACGGUGUGGUUUUGAUAACUGCAAGGAAAUCUUCAGUGUGAUUAAAAAGAAGCAUAAUUCUAAACCUACCAAUAAGUGCGCAGAAUCAGGUCUUUGCAAGUCUCUCUACAUAGUAGGAUUUCGAUGGAUAGAGGCUGAUCUUAUUUCUUCUGAUGUUGGAAGUCAGUGGACUUGUUUGAUUGUUUACAGGCCAAAUUUAGUUCCUAACUACCAGGUUGAAAAUGGUAUCAAAUGGGGCUACAUUGCAACAUCUGUACUACUAAACUUUUGUGAAGAUAUUGUCACUAUUUUGAAUUCAUCCGAUUAUGGAAAACAAACUAUGAGGCAAGUAAAAGCCUUAAUGAAUAAUUUUGAAGAAAGUUCAAGCCUGGAUUCAAAUAUUGUCCAACCCUCAUUUCCUUGGAAUGGAAGAGUAGGACCUUCUCCUGCAAAUCAGGUUGUGGUUGUUGGUGGAGGGCUGGCUGGGCUUUCUGCAGCAGCUUCUUUGUCUAAGGCUGGUAUUCCUGUUGUCCUUUUGGAGGCAUCCAAUUAUCUAGUUGUAGUUCUCAAGAGCCUAAAAACAAGAGCUUGCUGCCUAGAAGAAGAGGAGCUAAGCUUUAUAAAUUUUACGCACAUGUCAUUUUUUCAGGCUUCUCAAUGUGAAGCUGGGGAAGAAGGAGAAAAAUUAUUCUACAAAGGAAAACUCUAUUCGACGAACAGUAAUCAACGGGAAAUCAGACUUGCUCGAGAAGCGUGGGCCGAAUUGAUCAACAGCAAAUACAGAAAUCAAAAAACGGAAUAUUUGUCUGAUUCUGUGAAGGUGAGACUUGAAGAGAAAGGCUUGUCACGUGACGUGUUGGAUGUAAUUGAUUGGUGGAAGAUGAAGAUAUCUGCAGGAUCCUUGGAUCACUAUGGAGUGCGGGAAGGGCGGAGGAGAAUGGAGUCCAAAUAUGAGUGGGGAAUUGAAGAUUGCAGACUCGCGGAAUCUUACUCACAUCUGGUGAAGUACUACUUGGCUAACAGUAUGGAUGUGGAUAAGCGUCUUAACUGGCAGGUUAAGGAAGUUGUUUGGAAAGGAGACAGGGUGAGAUCCAACAACAGUGGACGAAUUCUUCUGAAAAAUCAACAUGGCCUUGAGAUGACCGCCAAGCACGUGAUCCUUACUGUACCACUAACAGUCCUCAAAGAUGGCGACAUAACCUUCACUCCAGCACUUCCCGCUGACAAGAACAAGGCCAUACGUACGAUACAGAUGCUGGGUGCGUGGAAAAUCGCUUGUCGUUUCAAACGCCGCUUCUGGCCGGAGAAGCUGCAUCAAAUUUACAGCGUUCGUGGGUUCGCUAGUGAGAUAUGGACUUGCUCACAUGAUUGUUCCGACAGUGACGAAAAAUGUCACGUGGUUGUCGGGUUUGAAACUGCCGAGCCCGCGGAAGAGAAACGGUAUCUCAGCGGACAGGAAGUGUUGAGAGGAUUUUUGAGUCAUCUGGAUGAGAUAUUUGGCACUUCCUCGGACCCAAACCCUGCAGGCAACUCGUUCAUGGACUUCGUGUACUUCCAUUGGUCAAACCAUCCUUACAUUCGCGGGGGAUAUACCUCGCCCACUGCGCAUGCUUACGAACUCCGUCGCGUGCUCGCCAGCCCUGUUGACGAUCGCUUGUUCUUUGCGGGUGAAGCCACGAGUUCAAGGUCAUGUUCGACUGUACCUACUGCGAUCGAAACUGGAACACGCGCGGCAGAUGAAGUUUGUUGUGCGGCUGGAAUUCUUCCUCUUGCAAAACUUUAAUCAUAGCUGUUUUCCUUAAGCGCCGCUGCGGUGCCAGAUUAAAGUAUUAGGAACUUAUUUGACAGUGUUGCCGAGGGAGAGACGUCGAGUAGUUGGAAAUUAAUAGAAAUUGCUAAUGUGGCGCCACGUGCAAUUUACUGUAAUCUGGGAAAGAGAUUUUGAUAUUCAAAACAUUUUAUCUAUA